UUAUUACAAUUAACUGUUAGUGCUAUAAGAGGCAAAUGGCAUCUCUAAACCUACUUCAAAUGCUUUUGGCACUAAUUAUUUUUGUGUGUCUUCUAAACUGCAAUUUUGCACAGUUCUCAGCAGUUUGCAACACUCCAGAAAACCUUCAGAAUAAAGUGUGUUGUCCUAACAACUGCAAUCGUGACAGAGGUAGAGGAGAUUGUGUGAACGUUACUUCAACAGCAUAUGAUCAAUCUGAUCGUGCUGAUCAAGAAAUUGUCGCAGUUCUAAGAAAUGCACCGAAUGUUUUGCAAAAAGGAACGAUUGAUAGCAGAUAUCUUUGGCCGACGAUGGUGUUUGAAAAUGUUUGUAUUUGCUCAGGAAACUUCUAUGGCGUCGAUUGCAGUGAGUGUGCAUUUGGUUGGUCUGGAGAAAAUUGUGAAAAUAAGACACUAGUGGUUCGAAGAAGUUUUGGCAGUCUAUCGAGUUCUGAAAAGGAAAGUGUUACGAACGGUAUGCUCAUGCUAAAGAGUGAAAUGGGUUAUUGGAGUGUUGUUACUGAAGAGCCACCAACUGCAUCUGGCAGAGUUACACUGCAAGAUGUUUCUACAUAUGAUUUUCUUGUCUACAUACACCACCACGUGUCCCGAGAUGCCUCGAAGGCAUGUCAAGUACUUAAUGGGGGUAUAAAUGUUGACUUUGCACAUUCUGGGUCAAAUUUUCCAAUCUGGCACAGAACAUAUCUGCUGAUCGUGGAAAGAGCACUUCAAAGAGUGCUAGGCAAUCCUGACUUUGGCUUACCAUACUGGGAGUGGGAGAGCAAUGACCUUUCGGUAUUUGAUGAACGAUAUUUUGGAACAUUUUCAUCAAGAUCAGGAGUAUACCAAAAUAUUGCAAAUGGAUUAAAUUGGAAAACGGUUUGUGAUAUCACAUAUAGACGAAAGACUGAAAACGAUGAAAUAGCUUAUUGGAUAGAGGAAAAUCCGACUUAUUGUACGGAGUAUUGGGCUCCUUGUGACCCUAUCAAUGAUUUAAAGAGUAGUGCAGACAAUCAGCUUCAAAGAGGGAAUGCUGAAACAUACCUACCAAAUCCACGUGAGAUUCAAAUAGCGAUAGCUGCCCCGCAAUAUGAUGUACCAAAUGUUAACGGCAAGUAUCGUCAGGACAGUCCACGAGGUAGUUUUAGGAGUAGACUGGAAGGUUGGAGUUUGAUGUGCUCAACUUCCGACUUGUGUGUUGGGCCUCAGGUGUCGUCAAAAUUUCAACGAUUACAUAAUAAUGUUCAUGAUUGGAUACAUGGGCACAUGAGCGUUCCACCAUCUGCCGUAAAUGACCCUGUAUUUAGUCUGCAUCACAGCAACAUUGAUCGAAUUCUUGAAAGUUGGAUGCAACGCUUUUCAUCUGGCAAUCGACCUCCAUACCAACCCAACAGUGGGGGUCAUAUUGGCCAUAAUUUGAAUGACUAUAUGGUACCGUUUUUUCCUCUUAUAACACCGAAUGAGCAAUAUAGUACAAGUGAGAACUGGGGGUAUAGGUACGAUUCUCUUAUCCAGGCCACUCUGAGUGAUAGUGCUAUACCAGACUGUAACUAUGAUCCACAAAACAUUGGAGAAUGCCAUGUAUGUACUGCUGAUACUCAAUGCACUCAAAAUAAGAUUAACGGAAAGUAUGAAACUUGUGAGCUUUCGACUGAAGAUAUGAGGGUAUGCUCGGCAAUUGAGCCAACAGUGAGGCCUACUCCGGGCUCAAGUUCCAAGAUGCUUAAAGCUAGCUUGCUACUGUUCCUGCUCAUUGCCUUCCUCACGUUGGUACUCGAAAAUUAGCGAAAGGCAACUUUAUAAUUAUGUGCUGAACUGAGAACCCACAUAAAAAGUUUAACAAUGGCAUAGCUUUUUGUAGUUAUAAUAGAAUAGCCUCUUUCGCUGUACGUAUAGAUCUAGAUCUGUAAAAAUUUUCAUUGAUCCCUAGA